AUGACUUUAAUUAAUCAACAAACUCUAACUGAAAUGAAUGAAUCUGUAACUAUACCAACUAUACCAACUAUACCAGAUGAACAUCAAAAUUUCACUUCCCUUUCACCGCAAAACACAACUUUAUCUGCACAUGAUUCAGAAGACACAAGAUCAAUCCGAUCAACAUCAAGUCGACCACCAGCCUAUUCCAUAGAAGAUGAAAUAAUAUCACCACCAACGAUUCCAUUUUCUGCACACAUUUCCUUGAAUUCAACGAGCUCUAUUCCAUCAUUAAAUAAUUCACAAAUUUCUUUACCAUCAUAUGAUCACGCUAAAGUCGAUAUGCCACCACAAUAUCCACAUUUAAAAAUUGAUAUUAAUUCACCCUGGGAACUGGUACCAAUCGAACCACAGCAACCUUGGCCAAUUACGAAAAAGUUCUAUAUUUUCGGUUUUUUAAUAUGGCCGCUUUGGUAUAUCGGAAUUGUCUAUAGCAUAUUUGGGAAGGAUCAAGCAACAAAAACAUGGGGUAGACGAUGUAUUUGGAACGCUCUUAUAUUGACUUCAGUGAUUACUUACAUUGUCGUCGCCUAUUGUAGAGCU